AUACACAUCUCCAAACUGACCGAAUCGAACCCCAAUCCGAAUCAGAUGUCUUCUGAGUUUAAUCGGAUGGGUAUCUCCGAUCCUGAGGUGGAAACCCCAGUUCCAAAGCACAAGGUGAGUCCUCAGCUGAACCGGUGGUCCAGGGCUCGGGCUAUGCGGUCAGGAAGGAAAUUGGGUGGGUCGAGUUGUAAGGUGAGUGUGGCGGAGAGAAACAGAGAGGUUGGUCGACCUCUGGGUUCUUCGGUCUCGAUCUCGUCUAGUGGUAGUGAGGAGGAGACAGUGGGUAAGGCUAUAUAUAUGGUUUCUGAUGGGACCGGAUGGACGGCCGAGCAAUCGGUGAAAACUGCGCUUGGCCAGUUCGAACAUUGCUUACUUGAUCGUGGCUGUCCGGUCAAUACCCACUUAUUCUCUGGGGUUGACGAUGUUGAAAGAUUAAUACAAAUAAUAAAGCAAGCAUCCAAAGAAGGUGCCAUGUUAAUCUACACAUUAGCUGAUCCAUCCAUGUCUGAAUCUGCCAAACAAGCUUGCAAAAUAUGGAACAUCCCAUCAACUGACAUUCUAAGUCCAAUUACAGAGGCAAUUUCUUCUCAUCUAGGCAUCACACCUUCCGGUAUUCCUCGUGGAGCUCCUGGCCGCAGGAAUAGUUACCUUGGCGAGGAUUACUUUCGGCGAAUUGAAGCCAUUGAGUUCACCAUCAAGCAAGAUGAUGGAGCCAUGCCUGAAAACUUGCACAAAGCUGAGAUCAUUCUGACAGGUGUUUCACGAACUGGGAAAACACCCUUGUCUACAUAUCUGGCUCACAAGGGAUAUAAAAUCGCAAAUGUACCUAUUGUGAUGGGAAUUGAAUUGCCCAAAACCCUGUUUGAGGUAGAUCAGAGGAAGGUUUUUGGAUUGACUAUAAAUCCGAAUGUUCUAAGGAGUAUAAGGAGAGAAAGAGCCAAGAGUUUGGGUUUUUGUGAUGAGAUAAAGAGUAACUAUUCUGAGAUUGAUUAUGUGAGACAGGAUCUUGAAUAUGCCACUAGUAUUUAUGCCCUGAAUCCGGUUUGGCCAGUAAUUGAUAUAACUGCAAAGGCAAUUGAAGAAACGGCUGCUGUGAUCCUUCGGCUUUACCAUGAUCGUAAGAGGAAGUGUUCGAUGCCAAGAAUUUCAAAGCGCUACUAAAUCCGGUGCUCGAAACUUAAUAAAACAACUCAUUGUCGGGAUUAUUGUACAUUAGGCUAUGUGCAAAAAUCAUAAUUUUCGGUUUGUUUGAUCAAUAAUAUAACCAUGAAGGUUUACUAACUUGUUGUAUAAAUGAUUUUUUUACUUUUCUGUCAUGUUCAACCUACAAACAUAUGUAGUAUGCUAAGAAAACAAAGAAGAAUGUUUCAUUAAAUUUUGUUUUUAUGUUAUC